AUGACGGCAUCCGCCGGUGUAGAAUCGUUAUCACCACCGGCAGAGGACCGAAUCAAUCAUCUGCAGCAGUACACCGUCGCGUCCGCACAAUCGGCACGGUCCAACAACACAUCACAGUUGGCACAGCGCAAACCGUUGUCGGCCCAACAGCCGCAGCCACCACCUGCGGGUGUUUUACACACCGGCACCACCUUCACACAGCAGCACCACCCACUGUUGGGCGCAUCUGCUACGAUGAAACCUCCACGACCUGCGACAACAUCGGCUGCAACGGGAGGAACUGCUGGUGGUGGAGCUACCACCGGCGGUGGUUCUGCUGGAUCCCGUGGCUCGAAACAGUCCGAUCGUAGCAAAGGUUCCACCACGACGCUUCCGUCCCGCGUGUCGCAAAUGUACUACAAACAUGGCCUGUUUCUAUCCAGCUAUCCGACGACCGCAACUAGCUUCGCUCUUGCCAUCAUUAUAUUUUGCUGCUAUCCACUGCUAAACAUUCCCCUACCGGGGACGAUUCCAACCAAAGUGAUAUUCCCGCACACGGAAAGCAUCAGCGAGAAUCUGCACCUGUCCAACGCGAAUCUGUCGAGCGAAUUCUACAAUCCGUUCAGCUUCUCCGGCGGUAACAUGUUUAACAUCUACAACAUUAGCGUGGAAACACCGUUUCCCUGGGCGCGAAUAGAUCCGCUACUGUACGUGCAGCAGAUCAUCAUGCGAACCAGUGUGGUGCCGUGGGAAGAAGAUCUCCUGCUAACCGAUGCGUUCCGCGGUCCGCUGUAUGAGGUGUUUAAGCUGGUGGAGAUUAUACGCAACCACGAGGAUCAGAGCAGCAAAACGACGCUUAGCCAUAUAUGUCUACACGUGGAGAAUGUGAAACGAUCGUCACAGCAGACAUUGUUUCCCGAGUACAACUGCUUGCUACUGUCGCCGGCCAAUCUGUGGCAGCAAAAUAUACAGAAUUUUAACAAGGAUAGCAAUUUGUUGAACACUGUGUAUGUAAACCAUAAUCUCCAAAAGUCCAAAGUAUCAACCGCGGAAAUGUUGUUUGGUAUACCACUGCGUGACACUGGCGUUAAGCGGUACCCGAUGCGCGUUCGGCCACGUAUCAUCCAGUACGCGGUGACACUAAUUCUGCGGGAAAAUAAUCCAGCAUUUAUUGACUCGUUGAAGGAAAAGCUCGUCCGAGCUUAUCCGCUUCAUCAAAAGGAACUUACCUCCGAUACGAAUGUACCUGCAGCCGAUGGACAAACGGCCCACACACAACAGCAGCAGCAAUCGAUCAUGUACAUCUUCUAUCCGGGUGAAUUCAACUGGAAGGAGGUACUACCCCAGUGUAUCGCCUUCUGCAUGCUGUUUAUUUACGUGUACUUUUCGGUGCGUAAAAUCGAAGUCAUCCGUUCGCGCAUAAUGCUAGCGUCCUGUGCCGUACUGACCGUCCUCGGAAGUUUGCUGAUGUCGCUGGGCUUAUGUUUUUUCUUCGGGCUCACCAUAAGCUUCCAAUCGAAGGGAGUCUACCCGUACCUGGUUAUUCUGGUUGGGCUGGAGAAUGUGCUCGUCAUCACGAAGAGUGUCCUGACGACGGAUAAUAAUCUCGAUGUAAAGAUACGCGUUGCCCAGGGCCUUAGCCGUGAAGGUUGGUCAAUUACGAAGAAUUUGCUGACGGAAAUUACAAUUCUUACCGGUGGGCUUGCGACUUUUGUGCCCGUGAUACAGGAAUUCUGCAUCUUCGCGAUGGUGGGACUCGUGUCGGACUUUCUGCUACAGAUGUUGUUCUUCGCCACCGUGCUAGCGUUGGACAUUAAGCGUGUGGAGUAUAGUGCCGAGGUCCGCCGUUUACCGAAGAUGUUGUACUUUAACAGUGAUUUACGGCGUGGUGCCGGCACUGCCGGUUCAUCUGCUGCGCUACCACGCGAGACUCGUAAUGGAGGUGGUUCGAUUAACCGAUCACGUUCACACCCGAAGCUAACCGGACUGGAGCAAUCCUCGAGCCACGCGAAAAGUGGUACGGGAGCUGGCAAAGAUGUGAAAAUUCCCAAACGUCUUCGGAUCGUAAACUUUUGGGCGAGGACGCGAUUUUUUCAGCGAGGGUUUAUGAUCUGGAUGGUGCUGUGGAUUUCGAACAUUAUCUACAAUGCGGGUCUGAUAGAGGAACUGUUUGUGAUCGAUAAAAACCUUACCGGGCAUGAUGUAUCGUCUAUGGAUGGAUCGUCCCGUUUUGAUGUUGGUAUCGGUGUACAUGAGCUGGGUGUUGCCAGUACGGAAGCAACCGCUGCACGUCUGCACGAAAUGGACCGUUUAAACGAGCAACACAAACUUCCCGAUGCGGGCAUGCUCGGAGGAGGUGGUGUUAGUGGGACGAACGAAAAAGGAGGUGAGAUUCGUGCGCUGAAUGCGUCCGAACAGUUGCAACGGUUGAAGCAUCCCGACUACGAAACGGUAUACCAGCUGUCAAACUUCCAUUGGUCCGCGAUAUUGAAGCAGUACAACGUAUCGCUCAGUGGACGGUACGUGACCGUGUUGCCGGCCAUCAAACUGUCACACGCGGUUAGUCCGACCACAGCGAUACAGUUGCGAAAUGCGGACGAAAAAGCACCACACCAUUUCCAAUGGAAAGCGCUAGCGGCAGCGUUGGAUCCGUUGGAUUUCAGCGAUGUCGAUACGGGCGAUGGAUCGCACGUACCGAUAGGGAAUGCACCGUUCUAUCCGAAGACGCCAAUGGAAAUACUGCUCACUUGUAUGCUGCUCGUGGUCAGUACGUUUGUGGUGACGUACACGAUGAUAGUGCUGUACCGGUGUAUCUGCACGCGGAACUAUGCCGAAUGGCGUGCAAGCUGGCAGGAGAGCGAUAGCGAAACAGAACCCAAGCAGGAACAGUGCCUGCUAGAGGGCGUACCGGUACAGGUGGACGGUCACGUGCACCGUAUCGAGUGUCUCGUCACGGAUGGCAACAUGAUUGCCAGCUCGUGCCUGCAGGGACAGGUAAAAAUUUGGGACGUAAGCAACGGAGAGCUGAUGGCUGAAAUAGAUCGGCUGCACUAUUUCGAGCUGCAACAAACGCGUGGUAGUUCGUCCUCUCCCCAAUCGCUUCCGUCGCUAUCCACAACCGUGGCGACGGCCGGUGUACUAAUGCGCAACGAUCAUGGUGAUUCAAUUACGGGUUUGCAAGAGGCUUUUCCCGCCGAUUCGAGCACUCCUUUAUCGUGCUCUCCUCCCAGCACGAUCAUCGGGUCAUCGUUUAAGUUGAAGAAGAAAUUGCACUUCAAUUUCUCCAGCCUGGAUAGUUCGACCGCGAGCUCACAAGCCUCCGAUUCGAAGCUGUUCGACUUUCAGGCACAGUAUGAACGGUUUUUUACCUCCUGUCCACCACAACCGCCACAGUCGACACCUAGCAACGGAACCGACCUUCGGAAUCGCUUCACUCCGAACGGAUCAUUGGCGGGUUGGGGUGAUACAGGCGUUCCGCUGGAGGAGCAAUCUUCCAACAGCCACUGGACAGCGCGACCAACGACACUGUCCAACGAAUGUCCACAACCGCCCGGGAGCCCAAAGCAGACGACCCCGCAUCAUCAUGUGUCGCCGAUAUGGUGUAUGGACUUUCUCGACAAUCUCAUUGUGAUUGGAUGUGCGGACGGGCGGUUAGAGUUUUGGGAAGGUAGCAGCGGUAGUUUUAAGUGCAUCCACGAUGCAGAACAUUCACACAACAAUGGCGUGACCAACAUCAAGCUCACGGGUGAUCGCGUUAUAGCGGCUCGGUUAAGUGGUCGAAUCGAUUUCUUCCGACUGGAAACGUACACACAGGGAAGACAGAUCGAUUGGGGUUUUACGUCGGCAUAUCGAAGAACUCACAUGCGAACCGGUUCGGCGGGCAGCAUAAGUUCGUUCCAGGCUGCAAUGGGUAGUGGGGGAGGACCUGGAACACAUCCCGAUUCAGAGGAGCUGCGUUGUUUGCUGGAGUUCCAGCAGCAGGGCCAUCAGCAACCUGUCACCUGCCUGGAGGUGGUCGGCAAUACCGUGAUGACAGGGAGUCAAGACCACACGCUGAAGGUGUACCGUGCUGAUAGUCACCUGAUGCUGUACACGCUGCACGGUCACUGUGGCCCCAUUACCUGUCUGUUCAUCGACCAAUGGCAAUCUGGAAUGGCCGGUUCUGGCUCGCAAGAUGGAUUGCUUUGUGUGUGGGACCUGACGACAGGUGCAUGUAUGUACAAAAUUCAAGCACACGAUGAUUCGAUCGUUGCUCUCGUCGGUUCACCCAGCUACGUAAUAUCACUUGGGCUGGACGAACGGAUACGUGUGUGGGAUCGAUUCCAGGGACAUCCACUGAACACCAUCACCGUCUCACAUGCUUAUUCUGCGCUGGUGAUGUUAACGCCGUCCCUUCUCGUAACCGGCAAACCAGGUGCACUCGUUGUCUGGGAUGCCCGGAGUGGUGAGGUUGCUCGCGAGGUAAAGCUCGAUUGCUCCAACAUGCAACUCUGUCCAAAGAUCAUGCUACCGGCGUGCGGUUCGGUGAUAUGCGACUAUGGCAAUCAGAUGCGCAUCGUACGGUUUCCGCUCGUUGCCGCUGAUAAAUGCGACUAA